AGUAUGAGAAACAUCAGCGAAGCAUCCGUGGGGUUAGAGCAACCAAGAAGUACGUUGCAAGAUGAGAGUCCUCUUCUUGCUUGGCGUUCUAUUUUUAUUCCGUGGUUGUGAUUGCAUAGCUGGGUAUCACUGCAUUGAUGAAGCUUGCUUGCGUAAGACUUUACUCACAGCCUAUGACAAUCACGUUCGUCCGGUGAAGAAGGCAUCUAGUCACGUUCCUGUCUGGAUAACUAUCACACCAAUAAAAAUACGUGAGCUGGAUGAAAAGAAUCAUAAUAUAGAAUUAGAUACUUGGCUCACCGUGAAAUGGCAUGACGAAUAUCUGAAAUGGGAUCCAAACGACCACCACGGCAUUAAUAAUUUAGUACUCCCGGUAUCUGAUAUAUGGAGGCCAGAUAUUACACUCUACACUGGUACACCGGAUUCAUCUGUUAUUCCAUCCAUGACGACAAAUUCCGUAAUCAGAAGCAAUGGUGACAUCAUUUGGGUUCCACCAUACACAAUCAAGAGCCGCUGUCCAGUCAGCCAGAAGCACCGACGCAGAGUAAGAAGCCCUGGUGCUUCCCCCUAUACUUCAAGAGAGAGAAGAAUGGAAAGUAUCCAGUACAGGUCAAGUACAGAUAGACACGAAGAGAGACAUAGCGACGAACUCAUUUGCAGCAUUGCCAUUGGUUCUUGGACUUUAAGUGAAAACUUAGUGGAUUUGAAACCUUUAUCGGACAAAGUGGAUAUGUCUAACUUUGACGAUGGACACCAUGAUUGGACAUUAGACACUGUAACUUCACGUCGUGUCUCAAAGUAUUACGACUGUUGUGAGGAACCUUAUGCACACAUAAAUUUUACUUUGACCUUUCGAAGGCACGAUCACCAUUGAUGAAGAAAAACUCCCACGCAGUACGCUUAAGAUUUCAUAAACGUUUCAUAAACGUUUUAAAAUAGCUGACACAACGUGACUAACCAUUUUCAAAUGUUUAAGAAAUGAAGUAUGCUACCUGGGAUGAUUCUCGAUAGUCGCCAAUGCUACAAAGUGGAACUGUUACAUAAAUUAGGUUUUUGAAAAGAAACUGAAUGGCAUGCAUGAAAGAUGGUUGUCGUAUUCUUAUUCGGUGACAUUAUAACGCUUUCCAAAUGACAAACAGAUUGAUGCAGGAAAAUAUAACUAUACUUAUAUCCAAGAAAAUGUUCUUUCUUUGCUAUCUUUGCGAUUUAAUUUCUAAAAAUACAUUUUACUUCAAACCAGAUACACUUAAAAAUUCAGGAAACUUUUAGGGUAAAUAUUACAGUAGAAUUCAACAUUGGGACAUAUUGGUUGAAAGCGUAUAAUUCAAUUUCCCCACUUCUUUUACAAAUCCCAUUCAGUAUAGGUGCUAGCGCACCGUUCUGCAAACAAUAAUAAGGCAAGUUCAAAUCCUAUCAAUUGUAUCUUUUUCUUUUGAAUCAGUUAAAUUAGCCAAAGCAUUUUCUUCAAUUCUCCAGUCGACUUCUACAGUAAACUAGGUUUUUUUCAUUAGCUAUAUAUUUUUACAAAUGUUUUACGUUAUAAAUUAUUUCUAGUUUAGGAGGAUUAUGCAAGAGGAGGACUAUGAAGAUGGCCAUUAAAAACGUUAACUCAAGUUUCUAGUUGCACGUUCUCAUUUUUACCUUGCAAUAAUUAUAUUUCACAAAACUAACCGUUUUUAUUAUUAUUUUUUUAAAUUUAUUUUUUGUUUUAAACCGGGUUGAUGAUGUUUGGUAGAUUGUUUUCAUUGUUAUUUAAUCAAAAGAAAACCAACUGCCUUGUCCUGUUUCAGGUACACUUAGGAUUUUUUUUACCACUCCUUUACCUCAAAACUAAAAAUGUUACCUCUUAUUACG